GAGUUUCGGAAGACAUUUUGAAAGCGCAAGUCGCAAGAAUUUCUUGUGUGGUGAUUUUCAUUGAUCAUCAUAGAAGAGUGCCGAACGUGCGAAGGAGGAGUGUUGUGCGAACAAGUUAGAGCUCUAGCAAACGAAAAGAGGACACACCGUGCAGUGUUUAUCGCCCAGAGUGACCAUUUCCGCUGGUAUCCGAUCGCUGACCGUCCGAAUGUGGCCCGGGAAGGUGUAGUUAGUGCUUUGCGAGUGGCCAAAUAUCCGUGUGCGAACCGUCGUCGUCCGUUCGUUUCGAGCGUGAAAAUUGUGAAAGAUUUACGUUCCUUUCUCUCUCUCGCACGCUUGCUCCGUGUCGGUGUAUCACACCUCGCAUACAUACAUUCACUUGAUUCCCUCCGCGCGUACGCGCUGUCCGCCAGGCCAGCAGCUCUCUCGCCCCCGCGUCUGUUCCGCUGGUGUUUUAUUUUACUUCGAACCCGAUAUUCAUUCGUGGUGUGGUCUCCUGUUGUGCUGAGUGAGCGCAGUAUGUGUACGAUGUGUGCCUGUGUGUAGUGGUGCUGCCGUUCAGGGCACGGAAAGGAAAAUAAUAUACAUCGGAGUUGGAAUCCGACCAGCAGAAUCAGCAAGAAAAAAAAUAUAAAACCAAAUUACUUCAAAAGAUAUUGAGGAAUUUGUGGUGGCGAAAGUUGUAAGGUGAUUUUUAUACGGUGCAAUCAGGUGCGAAGCGUAGUGUCAAGAAAAUUGGGUUUGCUGCUAAACCUUAACGAAGGACAGGAACUGAACAACAGCGCAGGAAGUCGCCCCAGGAAGAGCAGCUGAAAAGUUCAAUUCAAUCAGUGAAGGUGGAGGAGGUGCAGGAUGUAUCUCAAAAGAAUCUACAUAUCGACUACACUGUUGGCGUGUUUUAUGCUGACAGCGCCGUGGUCCGCCGCCCUCGCUCAGGAUGAACAGAAAUCAAAUAACCGCAACAGUCAGUCUCUGUCGACUUCGUUUGGCGCGGCAGGCUCCAGCCCGAAUAAUGAUAUCUACAUCGAUGAUGAAGGCCUCGAGGGUUCCGGAAGUAGAGGAGAGAUUCGCGACGAUCUAGAGAAGGAAGACGACGAAUCUUCCGGCUCCGGGUAUGGUGACGAUGACGAAGAUUCCUCCUCGUCCAGCUCGUCGAAUCGCAAAACCAACACGAACGUAGGUGCCGGCGGGUCCAAGGAUCGGUCCCAUAUUUCCGAAAACAACGCAGGAGGAUCAGGUGAUCAUGAGACCUCCAUUGACGAAGAUGAAGAUGAUCUCUACACUGAAACCAAAAAUCCUUCCGUUGAUCCGUCCACGACAGACGAUGAAGAUAUGCCAACCGGCAAGGAUAACAGCAAGCAGUCGGGCACCAGUAUAAUCCACGGCGGCCAGACGCCCGACGGAGACCUCGAUAUCAGCCACACCCAACGAAUCACGCCCUCGGACGUUGGCGCCGGAGGUCACGGCCACGGUCACGAUAGCACCAACCCGUACGGAGGCAGCGGCGUGUCGAUCAUGAACGCCAAGAAUGAGGACAGGACUGCCAGCUUCUUCGCACAGCCGGGUAUUCUCGCAGCUGUGAUCGGAGGUGCGGUGGUCGGUCUGCUGUGUGCCAUCCUAGUCGUCAUGUUUAUCGUCUACCGGAUGCGGAAAAAGGACGAAGGCAGCUACGCGCUCGAUGAACCGAAGCGAUCACCGACGGCCAACACCUACGCGAAGAACGCCAACAAUCGGGAGUUCUACGCCUGAGACUACUCGAUCGACUCCAGUGAUGGUGAUUUGUAAACUGCAACAACCAGCGAUUACCGUAGUAGCAAACAACAACUUAAAAGUACCAGGCAGCGAGUGGCCGCGGUGCAAACGGGAGGUUGGUGGUAAUAAACUACUAGCGUUUUUCUCCCCCACAGCCCACAGCUGCCGGAGUGGAUCGGCGAUCUAAUAACAACAAGAGCAUAUCUCCGCACGCCCACUCGCUCGCAUGCUUCUAUAGGUUUUAUGCUCGCGCUCAGUCACUCAACUGUAGAGUCACGUAGUAGGUAACCCGCCAUGAGUUCCCGUUUACCGGGGAGGGAACUCAUGUAUAGUGUAAACAAUUAUAAGUUUAAAAUGAAAAGAUACUAAUGCAAAAUUUUACUAACAAAAACAACCACACAGAUGAUGAACGAUUUGAAAUUUAUGGUAGGCAAACGUUAUUAUUAACAAAGAAUCAGUUUUGUUUCUCACAUUAAGCGCGGUUUUGCCACAAAAAGGAACGCGCAGAGCGCGUUCGCAGUUACACGACACACAGCGCGCCGACUGAGAGCUGUGUGUGUUGUUGGGCAGAAACUCGAAACAAACAAACAAUAAAUCGCUUUUAAAUCAAUCGUGGCGCAAUGAUUUACGUUUGUUUCUCGUUUAUUUUUUUCACAAAUAUCAUUUUAUUUGUUCAGUAGAAAGGAAUCUUGAAGUAACAAACGACAGUAUAUUAUCGGCCAACCGGCGUUAGUAGAGGAAGAGAAAAGGCAGUCGCGAACGCAACGGAGCAGCAUUUAUUCGGCAGGCGUUAGAAUACACUCAUUCGUACACAGGCAAAGUUUAGCGUGUAAGGAAAAGGCUAAAAGUUUAUAGAGUAUAGAUGUUACAUAUUUAUAAAGGCAUGCUAAAGGAAAAGUAGGCAGAGAGAAAUAAAGUUUUCUAUUUUUUUUUAUUAAAUUAGACAGGUUCCGUUUAUUUCUUGCGUUUCAAAGUUACUUUUCUUUUGGAACUAUGCAUAAUUCAUAACUAAACAAGCUAAGAGAAACGAUUAAUACUUUAUUGUUAAAGUAUGAUAAAACAAAAAAAAAGGAAAUACAAACACUCUGUAUAGGAAAAAACAUAUAUAACUAUUAUUUAUACAAAAUACUUAUAAACUUUUUUAAAAAAUUAUAUAAAAAGUAAUCAUUAACGAGAAGAAUUAGUUAAAAUUAAAUCUAUAGCAAUACAGCAAAUAUUUAAUGGAGUAUAUUCUGUUUAAAGACACAAAGAUAAAAAAGCGAACGAGAAAAGAGAAAAAUAAACCGCGCGAAAAGUAUUCAUUGGCAUGCUGGGGCUGACGGUGUGCGAAAAUUAGCUGAAUGGAAAUGUGCAAAUUCAAACCUACAAAGCGAGAGAGAGAGAGAAGGUAGGGCUGCGACAUUGACAUUUUCAAAGGGCCACUUAUAAUCCCCCGCCCCUUUGGCAGGAAAGCAGGAGAAGCCGUGCGGUUCUAAAUUGAUACAAGAGUGAAUUGAUUUUCUCCCGGCUCGGGUAUAGUGCAAAGCUGUUAGCAGAAGUAACUAGUAUUUUCGAAGGAUGGAUUUUGCGUUUCUAUAUUUUUUGUAUUCUCGAAUGACGAAUUGUUUGGGUUAUAUUUUCCAAUUGAGAGACGAAACCAUUUGUAGAAUUUGGUCACGCUGGGGAAUUGAGACGGCAGAUUUUUGAAUGCAAAACUAGUAGGUAGAGAUUUUUCUCAGUCAUUUUUAAUAUGCCGGAAGCGGUCUCAUCCUAGAGGACUGUCAUAGUUUUUGUUGUUGGAUGGAUUUAAACUAUCGAAGAAGUACAAGCUAUCUUCGUGGAAGAAAAUCUUGAAACGAAUAAAAAAAAAACAAAUGAGAAAAGUAUCACAUACAAUUAGCUUUCAAAAUUACUAACCGAAAAUAUUGCAAUCAAGCAAAGCUACACCUGUAUGUAUAGAAACACUGAAACAAGAUUUGCUAUUACAUAUAAUUAUCAUUGUAAUUAGCAUAGUAACCACUGAACCUUUGUGAAAUCGUCAUGAUCCUUGCGUAAAAUUACUUAUAUUAGGCGUGUUGUGCAGUUUUCUAAACAGAGCAUUACCGAUUGUUUGUUACCCAGCUUUAGGGAAGAGAGGAAUUUUCAGCCGCUGUUUGUAUGAUUUGAAAAGCCAGCAGCCGUAGAGCAACACCUAGCACGUGCCGCUCCUAAAAACACAAAACCAUAGCAAACGCAAACCGUCGAUCGGAAGUCGGACUCAAAACCGCAACUUAUUUCCGCUGUGUUUCGCUUGAGCAUUAUUUACACACAAACACACGUAUAUCGAUAAAAUGUAUCCCGUAGAGAGUGUAACUGCAUGCAUGCGCCAAUCCGCGUUUUUUGGUUGUAUGUUGUAGCACAUAGCUAAUAACAAAACGAUUGCCAGAAAGAAGAUACAGGAAACAAUGCGUCACGAAUGAAUCAAUAAGCAAAUCCUAAUCGCUGUUUGAAUUUGAAAUACUCGUUCUUAUGUACAUUUCGCAUUACUUGCGCAAUUUUCGGUUCGGUCGUUCGUCGAAAUUGCGUUUCAUUGCGUUGCUGUUUUUGUAAUUGAUACAUCAACAGAAUCUUCACUAUUUUUACCUUGAACUGAUAAACUCUGAUGCAGCAACAUACUCUUUCUUUUAAACGACCCACUUUAUUAGGAAACAAAAUCAGAGAAAAAAAAAAUCGUAACACAAACCAGUGAUAGGUGUUUUAACAACAAUUCAUUCGUUAUAGAAAAGAAUAAAACAAAUCAUGUCAACUAAAUCGUGUGUAAUCCGAAGCUAGAGGAAAAAAAACUAUUAUAAAACAAGUAAAAAACGAAACGAAGGAUUCAAUGGCCUAACAACUCUUUGUAAUGUAUCUUCUAAUAGUACAUUCACAAGCCAGUAAAUGCUUUGCAGCUUGCUUUAAAUUCCAUUGGCUUUCUUUUGAUAUUACUAUAAAAGAUUUUUUUUAUUUUCAAAGCUAUAACUAGAGACUGAUUGUAAUGAUGAUGAAAAAAAAAACACAAGCGUCAAAAGUAAUUGAAUUUUUGCUUUAUACGUUCGUUUUACUAAUUCCUCUUGCAAUUUUAUUUUGUGCCAUUGUAAAGUGUAACACGACGGGACACUGUGUUUUUCAUAUGAUAGCCUAUUGCGAACGAAACGUUUCCUAAGUCACGCGUACCGUCCCUCUAUUCAGCCUAUUUAAGAAGAAGAAAAAAAAAAACAACCCGAUGCUUAUUACACCAACCAAACUUACUCCACUAACCACUAACACUAUUAAAUAGCUAUCAGUUAACCUGCCCGAAUCUCUGUCUCUAAUCCUAAAACUAUAUAUUUUUUCUCUUAACCAAACUGUACGCAAGCAGACAACCCGUUGAAUCGAUGCUUUCGGUCGAUCCAACCCCCUGCCAAUUGUUAGUAGACAAAACCCCAUCAGUAGCAUUUAAAUUCCUUUUGUGCCGGAAAUACGUAAAACAUUCCGAACAGAGCAAAACAGAAGUAAGCAAAACUCUGCUUCGAAACAACCUUUCUUGUUUUUUUUUUCUACUAAUUGUUACGAUAAAUAGCAAGAAAGAAUGAAAAUCAUAACUACACACGCCAACAGGAAAUGCGGUGAAAGAUUUCGAGCGGAAGGAACAUUUACGCAAACCUUCUUGCGUUUAAGCGAAUUACACUAAAACAAUACACUUUGCGAAAAAAUCGAGGGACAAAGAAAGAGAGACCCACAUACAUUUCAAUACGUUUGAUGAUGUUUGAAAAAAAAAGAACACGAAUCAAAUUAAAAGCAGAAAAGAGCAUUUUUCGAAUUUCAAAAAAACAAACAAACUUCGUUGUGCAACACCCCAAACACAAGAAUGGAAGCAACUAAAAGUGGGCAGAAAAACAUAAGGAAGGCAUAAGACAAAAGAAAUCAUUAGAAAUAUUACUAAAUGCUAAGUUUACUAUACAAACAUCACACACACAUAUGUAAGGGACAUUGUAAAUAAAGAAAUCUUUACAGUGUAUCUGGAA